CGGCCGACCGCCGCGCCGUAAACAUGUCGUGGUCGUGCUCGUCGCGCGCUGUGGUCGCCAUGCAGCUGGCCGCCUGGAGCGUGGCCGGCGUGCUGCUGCUGCACCGCGGACUCUCCACGCUCGCCAAGGAUGGUGCAGACCUAGAGGGGUGGCUGUCGGCGAAGCCCCGGCCCGAAGAGGAUUCGCGCCUACACGCAGAGGCAUGGAAGGAGGCGCUGGCCAACCGCAGGGCGGGCCGCGUCGCACAAGACGCUGCCCAGACGGCCGGCGUAAACGGAACCUCCUGGGAGUGGGACGGGGGCGGCAACUCUACGCUGGAGGUGGAGGCGGCGUUCAACGACUCGCUGGCGCUGCCGGACUACGGAGAGGGCUGGAACGGCACGAACGCCACCUCCCCGGGGGAGAUGCCGGCGCGCAAGAUGCGGCCCACGGCGCUCGUCUACGUGGCGCUUGGGCUGCUCGUGCUGGCCGUGGGGCCCGCCAUCGUCGCCUUCAAGAGCUGCGACGAGAGGACGCGGCCCGCCUUCCAGAAGGUGGUGACGCAGGACGCUCAGGAGGUAGAGGCACCACCCAGCUACGAGUCAGCGGUGGGCGAGCCGGCGCCGCGCUACUCCACGCUGUUCGGCUCCCAGCUGCGGCUCGACUUUCUGGCGACGCCUCCCCCACCGCCCCCGCCACCCCCGCCACCUCCGCCGCCGGUGCCGCCCGACGCCGACUCCUGCAACCUGCACGAGGUGACGGCUUCGACCGCGCUGCUCGUCGCUUCACCGUCGUGCUGCGAAGACUGCCGGAGCAACUCGUAGCCUAGCGAGCUACGCGUCGCGUUAUUUAUUACUCUGCACCAGCUACUCACAGCUCUUCUGCAUGGACUGGACUGACAGCUAGACGUUCACCAGCAAAGCUGGGAGCGAUCCGUGGACUACACUGUAGGAGAGGAAGGGGUGCUGCUGGAGUAUCCCCGGCUUUUCACGGAACGAUCACAGUCGGAAUUUUAAGAGCACACAUUCAACCGACAUAAGCGUAUUCCUGAACGACGCAGUCUAUACCUCGUUGUCGGGGCUCUCCUAGUCUAUUUUAGAGUACCUCACAUGAUAUUCUCCUCAGUUCUCAGCAGAAUGUCCUGAAGCCUACCGUGUCACGGAAAUUAUGACCUUUCGGCAGUUUCUUCAGGUUAGGGAACAAAUGAUAGUUCGAAGGGGGCAGGUGAAGUCAGUAUCGGAGAGGUUCGUCCCAUUAUAAACGUGGGGCUUCAACUUGGCAGCCGCAAUUUGGGAUGUUUGUGAAAGUGAAGUGUCGUACAAAAAAAGGAAGACUUUGCCCAACUAUGCACGGAAUUUAAUCUUAAUAACCUCCUUCAACUGGUCGAGUAGGCAGUUGUGAUACCCCCUGGUUUUAUUACAGACCCGAGGUAGGUAAUCAAGCAAGAUUUGUCCAAGAUGUACGUCGUUUCUUUAUCACCUCAUUUUCGGGUGCGGAACUUCUUCGAUCGUGGGUCGUACUACGGGGUCGUUCCUGCUUUUGGCACCUUAAACAUGGAGCCAGGUUUCGUCUUCAGCUACAUGAUUAACCAAAAAAGUCCUUUCUGGCAUCAUAUAGGCCGAAACAGCUGCGGGCGUUGCGACUCAUGCAACAUUGAAACAUUUCAGCGCCGACUUCGCUGAAAGCUUCCUCAUGCUUAGGAUAUAACUAAUGAUGAAACCAGUUAGGCCCGGAUGGAUAUCCAAUGUCUCGCCUAACGUUUUGUUAGAUACCCGCAGGUCAUUAGUAACCAGUUCAGGGACAACAUGACUUAUUGUCGAGUCUACUGAGGUUAUGGGAUGCGCAUUGCAAGCGUUCAACAUGAAUGGUGAAUUGUUUGGUGUUCAAAAGAGACACCCAUGGUCUCAAAGUGCAACAGGAUGAACGCAUUUGCAGUAGUGUUUAUAGCAUCUAAGUGUGAAUGUCGUUUGGAGGUUAUCUUGGAGAAACGAAAACUUCAUGAAGCCUCUUGUGUCUUUACCAUCUCACAUUCUAUCUAAAAUUCACGAUACAAGCCCAAAAUACGUGUGAUAUUUUCACAAGAUAUGAAGCAUUCAUAUGGUGGUAAGUUCAUUUUUCAGUUGCAACUCUAGCGAGCCAAAGGCGUGAACUUUUCAGUCCCCUCCCCCUUCUACAUCUACAUCUACAUCCAUACUCCGCAAGCCAACUGACGGUGUGUGGCGGAGGGUACCCUGAGUACCUCUAUCGGUUCUCCCUUUUCGAAACACUCUUAGUGCCAUGUGUCAGACGGACGUAGUAUCUCUGUUCUCUUUUCACUAUAUCGCUACUUGUAAUACCGUAGCUUACUGAGUAGUUGAUUGUAGGACACCAUCCCACCAAAAGAUCGAAUUCUUAAGGAAGAUGGAGGUGCUCCUGAGGAGAAACAUACUGAGGGGUGUACGAGUCACUGUGACGUCACCGACAGCUAGAUCCAGCAACUAAAUCCCAUAUGAAUGCUUCCCGUAUUGCAUAUGAUGAACACGCUGACACUUGGUGCUCGCCGUUACAGAACGGGUGGAAUGAAAUUUCUCUUAUUGAUAAUGAAAUGAUUUUCGUAUAUUACAAACGACACAUUUGCUUCGAUAUCUCGAAAGAUAAAAAUGUUUCGAUUAUUGACGACAUUUUGCGUAUCACACUUGAUACAAUAUUGUUUCGAUAUCCAUAAUGAUUUUGAAAUAUCAGGGGCGCUAUAAGUAAAAGGAAUCGCAGUCUAUAUUCUUGGAGAGAGUGUAUAAAAUGCACCGCGCUGCUAUCUCAAUCUCUGCAACACAACUGAUGCUGUUGCUGAGAAGACCUCAUCCAUUCAGCUGAUUUAUGGUAAGUCUUAUCGAUGGUACUCAAAUACUACAGUCACUCUAAUUUUAGAGUGUGGCCAAUAACCCAUGUACCGCGUUGAGAAAACUGUAGAGUGCGUAGGUAAUCAACAUUUGAGUUUGUAAUGUAAAAGGAAACCUCAUUAUAUCUCAGAGUACAUUACUCCUAGGAGGAAAUGAACACAAACUAUUCCUGGAAAGUAAGUUUCCUCUGAUGAAUAUCUGAAGAAAAAUCGUAUGUUAAUUACUAGGGCAAUAGUGAAAACGAGUCUCCGAUAUGUAGACCAUCUGCAGAGAACAAUGAUUUUCUUCUGUAACUAUAAUAAAAGAAUUGCGAAAAUUCAAAUUCAUAGCGAGAAGCUCCGUCAUUAGCCGUGGGAAGCUCCAGUGAUCAAUCUUAGACUGUUGUGUUUGAAAACGGUAGCAAGUCAUGUUAAAUACAAGUGACAGCAAGUUGAGACGGGCAAAGAACUUCCAGACUUCAGAAGUUUAGUUGUACAACACGUAUAAUUUAUCACCAGUAUUUGCUGAGAUGUAAACAGAGAAAAGUAUUAGGAACGAGAACGGCACGGUUUGCUUUAGCAUCGCCCUCGUCAUUGGCUGCUUAAUUCGAACCACCUGUCGUAGCGGUGUUAAGUCGAAUAGCUAUGAGCAUCUAUUCUGGAAAAUAAGGCUAUUGUCGCAGAUCUAACAGAUCCUUUUUAGGAUAACCGUAAUACGCAGAAGCAUUAUUGGUCGAUUAAAGUUAGAAUUUCAGUUAAAGAUGCAAGAUUCUAGUAAGCAAGAGGUGUUAUGCGAGGUUUAAGCGGCUCUACGAUCUUGAUUGAUGACAAGAAUAAUAUCAUAACAGAAAUGAGUAUCGCAGUUGCUUCAAAUCAACACAUUCAGGAGGUGUGAUGGUAUUAUAAUGAGAAACUUGUGAAGCAUUGUUUUUAUUUACUCAUUCGUACAUUCGCGAUGUAAGUUAAGUUUUGUACAGAAAUUAUUCGAGUAUUGUAAAUAAAAUGUCUCUUUUGUAAAGAUAAUAUUUUGAAUAAAAGAUGUAAAUUAAAUAAUGUACUGUGUGCUAAUGGAACAAGGUACACAUUCUGAUAGACUA